CGAGCGCUGCAGGUUGAUCGCCGCGGCUGCAGAUGAGCGGAGCCCGCGCGGGCGGGGGGGCGGCCGGGGCAGCGCCGCCGGGGCCGGGUCGGCGGCCGGCGCACUAUGCGAGGCCGGGAGGAUGGCGGUGGAAGCUAUCCAUUGCAAUCUGAAUCCAAAUGGUAUUGAUCAUCCUGUCCCCACAGAAGGUAUUAAUCUACAACUUGAAGGUGAAGGAGUUGAAUCGCCCUCGGUUAAGAACACUAGUGCCCCAAAAGGGCCUGAGUCAAAAGAGACACCCAAGAGACAAGUGGAGCCAGAAAUAUCUAAGUCCGGGACUGUGAAGCUGACCAAGCCUGUGGCAUUAUGGACCCAGCAGGAUGUCUGCAAAUGGCUGAAGAAACAUUGCCCUAAUCAGUAUCAAAUCUACAGUGAGUCAUUCAAACAGCACGACAUAACUGGCCGUGCUUUGCUGAGACUUACUGACAAAAAGCUUGAACGAAUGGGCAUUGCCCAGGAAAGCCUGCGACAGCACAUUCUGCAGCAAGUCCUUCAGCUGAAGGUGAGAGAAGAAGUCCGAAACCUCCAGCUGCUUACACAAGCCCCAGCAGAGAGCUCUCCAUAAACAUUUCCAGCCUCUAAAGCUGCUGUCCUGCCACUUGAUAUGAAAGUGAACUUUCCUUCAUGAAAAAACCACAAUAAAUGGCGCUGCCAGAAAAUGACCGUGGAGGAUUGAAGACAAACUUGAAGUAAAAUCAGCAGACUCAGAUGAUGCAUUCUGGGAAGACCUGGUUUGCUGUGGAGUAAAAACGUGGUGCAAAAUAUCCAGUGCUAAUUUGUUGAAAAUGGUCAUUUACAGACCUUUAGCUGGAAAAUUUCUUCCAGUUUUCAUCACUGUGCAUAACUUUUGAGUUCCCUUUAGGGGACUGUCUAUGCCCUUCACUAGAAGUCCUGUUUUAGCAUGGCAACUACUGGAUUCUUUUAUUAUGUAUGCAGAUGGCAUGAUAUUUUAGGAAAAACUUACAGCAAUUCUCCAAUCUCAGUGGAUAUGUUCACAAUAUUACACCCUGAUAGGAAUGUAAACGUCUUGUAUGUGUUAGUUUUGCAGUCUAAUGGUAUUCUGUUAAACGAUAUCAGCACUUCAUAUGUGCUUUCCUCACAGAACUAGCACAGUCCAUAUAUAUAUAUAUAUAUAAUGGUCUUUUUUUAAAAUACUGAGGAUAUGUUUCAGUAUUUGUGCUGAGACUGCAUCCAAACUGAAGCCCACUACUAUCAUCCCUUCACCAAUUCACGUUAGAUUGUGUAGAUAGAUUUGCACGUGGCAGAGAUGAGACUUCUUUUAUCAAGACUUAGAGAACAGCUGUCACAGAGGUAGCCAAGAACAGGGUAGGUUGAGCUGUAGGACACUGUGUCUGCUCUCCCUCUCAUCCACCAAAUAUCAAAGGUUCUCAUUUCUAGUGUGCCAAUGUGUUUUCUUACUCAGAGAGGGAGAGAGCCUUUCUCAGAAAUGUGUGUGACCCUGGGUUUGGUCUACAGUAAAACCAGAAUAAACUGGAAGAAUUCAGGUUCUUUAUGCUGGCCACCAUUUAUGUUUUGGGCAGGGCUGGAGAAUCAUAGUCCAAACCAAACUCUCUGAAAAAGGUAAAGUGUAAGAUUAUACUUCUGAGGAGCAAGACACUCCCUUUGGAGAGGGCAGACUUCUUCAUUAACUUCUUCCACUUUCUAUCCAAAACAGUAUUUUGGUAGGAACUGGGAAUAAGCAAAUGGUUCCAAUAAGCCUUUCAAUAUACUGUAGCAGGCUCAAGACUGUUGCAUUCAAUCUGAACAUUGUUUUUUGUUCAGUCUCUGAAUGGCUGGCCUCAUCACUGGUUGUAUCACAGCUGGCUGUGGUACUGUUUCUUCAGUGGGGACUCAGUGGAAUUAAUGUCUGUCCCUCACAUCAGGACCUUCUUGACACACUCUUUAUAAUGAACUGAUGUCAUCAACAUACUGAGGGGGUUUACUUAUUUGUUCCUUCUUUCUUUGAAAUCAAAGGUAGCUUUUUUUGUGUAUUUAAAGACUGUCGCUCUCUCCAGCCUGACAGACAGGUACAGUAGAGUUGCUGUUAGCAUUUAUUCCAAACUGGGUGAGACACAAUACUGGUGUGAAGAUGCAGUGAUGGAGAGAGGGUGCAGCUCGAGUAAAUCAAAGGCAACUUUCUAGAGGAAGCUCCUGUGUUACAAUUCUUUAAAACUGUUGUGCAGUUCAUUGCUAGAGAAUGGAAGGUCAGCCACUGUGGGUGCCUGUACAACAAACAGAUAAUUAUCUUCAGGGUUUAAUUUUUUUCAGAUGGUAAUGGGCUUAGGUUUCAGCUCUCCACCCAUCUCAGAUUCAGCAUGUUGGAUACUUCUACAGUAUUCAGUCCAAAAGAAAAUUAUUUUUACUGAUGACCAGGGUAUUCAGAAGUCAUUAGUGAUUUCUAACGGUUUGGGGUUUUCCACGGGUUCUCAAAUGGAGCUCCCAAGAAUUACAAAGCAGUAAACUUCUACAGUCUCCUUCUGAAAAUCCUGGUCCCUAAUUUUAAAUUAAUUGGUGUAAAAUUUUUCUUAAGACAUGAGAAUCUUUGCCAACAGCAACAUUUGCACUUUUUAGAGCUUUUCGUAGGGUUGCAGGUUGGAAUCUGAUACCAAUAGAGCCAGUCAUGCACAUGGCACAGGUCCACUGUAAGCUUCAGCAAAUUUUACAGCUCUUUCUGCUACAGGUUUUAAAAUGCACUCUGGCAACUGACAUCAAUUUCAUGUUGGUACAGCAAUUAAAAAAUAAAGUACUUUGAUUGAUAUGUUAUAUUAAAAGGAGAAUGCUUUACUUCUACAGUAGGAAUUCUCUUAUUUUACUACCCAGUUAAAAAAUCCAGAAUAAUUUGAAUGAUAUAAGAAAAGUUUAUCAAAGAGUGUUAUCUUAAAAGGGUGUAUGAGAAGAAGUUGCGUUAGGCAGAGAGCCACUAGAAGCUUUUUUUGUAUCAAUGUUAGUUUUGAACAUCUUCCAGUAUAUGGGCAUGAAUUUAGAUGUGUGCACUUCUCCUGUUAAAACAGUUUGUUUUAAAAGCUUCCCAGGAUUUUAGCUAUGGUGACCUAGAAAAGCAGUGUUAUAGGCCCUGAGAAAUGUGAAAAUCAAGUCCAGAUCCUUGAGUAGCCAGACUCGGUGAGAAGUCUGCUGUAGGUGCCUAUCGGACAAAUCUUCUCUGAAGCUGGUGUAGGUCUCCAUCCUGCAGCCAGCCUAUGCAUGUGGACAACUGCAAGCAUAGUUCCCCCGAGCCCCGUGACACUUCUCAUGUGUGUAACUGUCUGCCAGAGCCAUAAGGAAAUAACUGUACUUUUUGGCUUGUAUUUAACUAUUCAUUGUGUUUAGAUUUUUUUUAAUCACUGUUAUUCUCCCAAAGUAGGCCAUGCUUCCUCAGGGAUAUUUAUGGAAUUGUUCUACAUCUCCUGAACAACUAUUUGGAUCCCAGCAUAUUCUUCUGAAAAGUUUUUAAUAUAAAUAAACACGUGGGAGAGAUUUUUGUUGUUAUGAAUGGGGGCAGGUACUGUGUUCUCGGAAAGGCUAUUGAGUGCAGACAAUCAAGUCUAUUGCAUUUUUUAUGCUGAACACCUUAUUAAUAGCAGAUAUAUCCGCUUUUGCCUGGGUCAUAGGAACGGUUCAGGGGAAAGAAUGCUUUAUCUCUGGUCAAUAAAUCAUUUAUGUCGAGAGUGCCAAAGACCAAGUCAACAUGAAAGGGAGCAAAUAAGUUAUUCCGGCAAAGGAAGUCAAUUUAAAUAUGUUCAGAGCCAUUAGUUCGGUGUGAAAGAGUGGGAGACUAAUGCUAUUUUCAUCAAGCAGCCAUUAUCAGCCCUGUGGAGAUAGAUAAAUUUGCAAAGGCCAGUGCUGCUGUUACAUUGAUCACUAGUUAUUAUCUCCGAGACAAGGCAGUGCUGCCAUCAGGACACUGUUCCCCUGUGCAGACCUGCAGCCUCCUCCUCUCCCUGGUGUCACGCUCGCCUGGGUUUUUUUGUGUCCAGAAAGGUUGCAGCAUCAGACCCCACUAAGAAUCCCUGACAGAAGUGCAGCCUUUCCAAGUGGUUCAAACCAUGAGAAGUCCUCCACCAGAAACCUGAAGGAAUUGCUCACUCCAGAAAGCACGCUGCAGCUGAAGGCAUCCUUUGCACUGUUUUGAUCCUUGUGGUUUUUUCUCAUCUGUGUGGCUUUCUGUACCUGAACAUCCACCAUUUAUUCUGUUAAGGGAAAUGCAGCCUUCAAGGAGGGGAGUUUGAAAAAGCUCCACAAGCUCUUUGGUUUUGCUUGUCCAGACGUUUGGCAAUGCUCUACCAGUGAGUUCAUCCCUCCCUGUCUGUUCUUUAAGGGUAAGUGUUGUCACUCGACAACAGAUGUAACAUUAUUGAGGAAAUGAAACCAUUAAAAAUUAUACAAUUUUGGUUUGCUUUUACCCUUCACUUUCAGAAGACACAAGGCCAGGCCCCAGUGGACUUACAUUGGUGCUGCUCCAUGAGUGUCUCCACAGAUGUGUCUAUCAGUGCCAGCCAUGGAUCCAGGACUGGGGUGGGUUUUUUUGUCAUUGCCAAAGUGAACCUCCCUCCAGCAGCCACAAAGCCACAAAAUCUGUGUUAUUCAAAGUAAAGCAAAGUAAAACCCUGAAUCUUUCACAUUGGUCCCCUUUAAUAGUUGCCAUCUCUGCCAUCAGAGUCUCCUUGAACGGCCCCGCUGCAGGACUGUGCUGCAAUUGACCCUGAUAUAUAUAGGCUGUGGUCAAUGAGAUUUUAAUUUAAAAAGAGAAGGUCCUUUGGUGUAAUUAAAAUUGAUGGGUGAGGGGAAAUUAUUACCAGCAUUACCUGCAACCUCCUGUAGUAAAAUUCAGGAGAGUAAUCUGGAGUGCAGAAAAAGCCACCAAUAUAAUGUAUGGGUGAUUAGGCAGGCUUAUGAGGAUAGAUCAGCAAGUAAGAAAAGUAGAUGUUUAAUGAAGGAAGCCAAAAAAAAGCAUGGGAAGUCAGUGGCAAAUAGGUUAGGGCUGGUUAGACCAAAGGCUUUACAUAUAUCCUAAUAAAUACUGUCAUAGCAAAGCUAAGUCUGAUGUUAGACAGGCCCAGCACAGUGAUUGUUCACAGUACAUUGAAAACCCAACAAAUAGUCUUGUUUUGUAUUUGAAAGCAGUAGAAAGAGGGAGUCAAAUUGCCUAUUAAGAUGUAAUUCCUCCUACUCCAUCAGUAAUUACGGAUAAUAUUAAGCAGCAACUCUCCAAACAUAAUUUUAAAUUUGUAGAAUCAUUAGGUGAAUCCAAAAGUGAAGGAAAACUUGACUAGGACUCUUCAGAACCAGAAAGCAUAAAAGAAGCUUCAAAUGACACCAAAACCACAACAAUUCAAAAAAAAUGAGAGGUUUGAUCCAGAAAACUAUGGCUCAUUAGCUUCCUAUCAGUCUUGGGCAAAAUCAUGGAAAAGUUGAUAUAACAUAAUCAUUAAACCAAUUAAUACUUGAUAAAACCCUCCAGUUUAUUUUUAUAGAAUUGUAUCAUACCAAAUAAUUUGCUAUCAUUUUUUGUGGUAUCAAAGUCUUGUUGAGAAAAGAAGCUCUGCUGGCAUACCAUACUUAGCCUCCUAUAGAGCAUUUGAUUCUGAUAAAGAACAAAAAUAGCACAAUGCAAAAUCAAUAUCACCCAUAUAAAGUGGAUUAAAACUGAUUACAGGCUAGAUCACAAAAAAAUAGCAGUAAAUAUGAAAUUAUCCUCAGUUAGACUGUUUCUGAUGAGGUCCUCCCAAGGUAUGCUUUACUUUCAAUAUACCUCCCAGGGAAAGAGAAAGUUACUGUUGGCAACAGACAGAGGUGACAAAAACGGAGAUGCAGUAAAUAAUAAUAUGAGCAAGUUAGGGGUGGAGAGUAACCCAGAGGACAGAAAAGUCAGAAAUCUGGGAGACAUGGCAGCAAGUCUGCUUAGAAGCAUGGGGAGUACAUCUGGAAUAACACAGUGGCUGCAAAGGUGCAGUAAGUAAUCCAUUCAACAUCAGCUCCAGAGAUGCUCUUGCCAGUUGGGAUGUAGGACCUGGCAAUAGUGAUGCUAUUCCAGUUCAUUUGGUAACUGUCAGUCUUUCAGAAAGGGUAUUGACAACUUGGAAAGAUUAUUUUCAAUAACUCCCAGUGUCAUUCAAGGGCAGGAAAACAGGUCUUAUUAUAGUGUCAGACUAAUGAAGCUCAAGCUAUUAAUUUAUCAGAGGCAAUUUGAAGAGGUGACUUGAUCUCUAUCUGCAAUCACAAUCUUUACCUGGGCAGGAAAGUGCUGUCUGAGGGCAGGUACCUCUUCUGUUUAGAAGAAAAGGGAAUGAUGUGCUCUACUGGUUGGAAACUGAUUUCAGGCUAGAAAUUAAGUGCAAGUACUCAACAGGGAGGAUAAUUACCCAUGGAGACAACUUACUUAGUUACCUGGCAUGUUCUCCAUCACAUAAAGUCUUUAAAUGUACGCAGAGUAUUUUUCUAAGUCAAUAAGCUCUACCUCAAACUGAAAUCCAGGCUCGAUGCAGCAAUUACUGGAUGAAGUCAUUAGGCAUGUGUUAUGCAAGGAUUAGACUAGAUCAUCAGAUGUAAUUUCUGAAUUAAAAAUACCUUGAAGUAUCCAAUAUUACAAGAACGCAGGGCAACCUAUAUCAGUUUUUGGGUUUUUUGUGUUUGUUUUUUUUUUUCCACAAAAUGGUCUUAAUUUAAACGGCUUUUAUGAAAAGCUGUACUUGUUAACGUUUGGUAUGAGCGUCAGUAGGUCUGCUCACAGUUUUAAGGUUCUGCUGUGCAUAAUUAAAGGAAGAGAACUGGAUGAGAAAGGACAACAGAACCCUUGGACACACUGAGAAAGUCUGUUGCCUUUCAUUAAUAGCAACCUGGGACAAAAUGCUGCAUGCAAAUCAUGGGGCCACGUGGAUGUGUAGUCUAAGCAAGCAAUAACAUCUGUGGGUUUGCCUCUUAAGGAGGUAGGAUCUUCCUGGCAAGAAAUAGAUUUUCCUGCCUUCGACAACUGGCAGAGAAGCUGCAGUGCUGAUUGAGGGGGCGAUUGUAUCUCUGUGCAGCUGAGCAUGGUACACAAGUUCCUUGCUUCAAACACAACAAACUGUUCAGCUCUCAUGACGAGCCCCAUUGGAGCUGGUUAAUAAAGCCCUGGAAGUGAAAUGACAUCAGUGGGAUUACCCAGAGUAAUGACAGCUGCUCCCAGCAGUGGGUUUUUGCAAGAUUGGGCCCUGUUACUAUCAGCUGGUUUCAGUGUUGUACUUCGGAAAUAAGCACUGGGCUACUCAGUGUCUGAUUCAGGUUUCAUAAAACCGCUGUCAGUAGAUGCAAGUGAGAACCUCUGGAGCAUCUUCCAAGUUCUUCACCAAUCAGUGGGGAACGGCACGAACAGGGGUGUGCAGUCUGAAAAGUAAACAGUUCACACAAACAAGAGAAACUAUAAAGGCAAUACUUACUGCAGAUUGGUAUUGAAUCAACAUCAAGAAGCUAAAACAAGAAUGAGCUAGCUACAGCCAUAGAUAAGAAGAUAAAGAUCUUUGGGGAUUCUUCCUCUAAUCCAGUAUGAAAUCCUAAGAAAAUGAGUUUGGGCUAGAUUUAUUGUUUAAAGAACACUGGUACGUGCUUGCUGCCUGUCAAAUAAAUUCUGAAGAGUCACUGGCUUCGGUGUGUGAUGGCUUACGAGUGUCCUCAUGCUGCUGAGACACUGUGCAGCUCUGGAGGGGAGCAUUCCAUAACUGGCAUGUCUGGGAUCCAGCUGGGCAGGGAAGAAGCUGAACUUGCACGAGUGGAAUUGUCAGCAUUAUUAUAAUGCAACCAGGUUUAGUCUGAGAAUGAGAUGAAAAUCUCCUUUCUGAUACUAAUUCCAAAUAUAUCUAAAUAGUUUUUCAGAAGAAAAAAAUCCUCUGUAGCUUCUGUUACAUCUGUAAUCACAUCCUUUCUAUUAAGUAACUUGCCUUGAAUUUAUUUAUUUGAUAUCAUAAGUCACUAAAUUACAUAGCAAAACAUAGUGUUUGUUUUUUUUUUUUUUAAGCAGGGAGAUUGGUAGAUUGGUAUUGCAGCAAAACAGCUUGUAAGCAAUAAGAAGCUGUGCAGGGAAGGAAAAAAAUCAACAAUUUGUCCCAUCAGAUGCUUAGGGGAUUUGACUGGUUGGUUGACUUUUUGUUUCAAUAUUGAGAGCAAGGUUUUACAUCUAGAUAGAGGUUUUCCUUACUGAACCAGACUUUGGUAAAGAAAUGUUGGGAGUCCUCUUAGCACCACUUCUGCAUCCCUUGUAUUCAGGAGGCUCCUUCUCUGUGCUUCUUUUGAGAAAGAUAGAAAAGAGAUAAGGUGACAGUAGUGAAGACACAGAGGGACAGGAACUUCCAGCCUAUGCAAAGCACCUCAGCAUGAGACCCAAACUCAGCCUUGUGCUCUGACUCCAACACUGCUGAUGGAGGGGAGGAAUGGGGCCAUGCUGGGCUAACCUGCAAGUGCAACCUGUCCCGUUCCAUCCUGCUCUCUUGCAGCCAUUGCAGGAGACAUUGCCUGGCAGAACUGGACAAUGCUCCAGCAAUAGGAAUGACCAGCAUUUCCACAAAGAGGCUGCAUGCUCUGAGGAGAAGUCUCCUUUGCCUUGCACUGAGCUGCUGGGCUGCUUGUCAAGGCUAAAGAGGCGUAUUUUUAAAUUUCUCAGAGUUACUGCAGAAUCUGAAAGUGUCAGGGCCAUGCUUUGGGAUGUGCUGGGCUUUGCUUUCAGCUUUGCAGCUAUCUGGACCUACUCCACAAUUACUAUUUCUUUUUCACAAGUCAGGGUAAGAUGGGAGGAGUGCCUGCCUGGCUCUGCACAUCGUAAACUACCAAAGGGGGCUCUAAAUUUGGGGUACUCUGUUUUGGAGAGUUGAAUUUAAGGUUGUUUGAAUGUGACCCUGAAAAAAGCAGAACUGACAGCUGGAAUUGCAGCCACACCUGAGUUGUCUCCAAAGGUUACCCUCUAAUGAGCAGCCCAUGGACAGAAUCAGAUGCCAGGCUGUGCUGGUGCAUCAGCAUCGGCCGCUGCUGAUGGACAUGAGCUGCAGGGAGCAAGAGAUGCUGGGAUCAAGGUCCUGGGAGACCUGGUCACCUGAUCCAGGACAGCUGGAUGCAGAAGGGUGACUGCAAGCCCAUGGUCAUGCUGUCUGGUCGAAACAGUCUCCUGAAGACAGCAAGUUGUGUCUGGUCCUGCUGCCUUUGGAGUCAGUUCUGGUUUACAUUAACUAAGGAAAUAUUCUAAGCCAGUGAUCUCCUUUUAAUGUUAACUUGGUUGAUAAUCUAGGAAGAUACCAGCACUCUAAUGCUUAAGAAGUGACACCCUCUUAUUCCCUGUACAUCUAUGACUGAACUUUUUAAUGAUGGAGCCAAAUGACGUGGCAUGAAACAAAAGUGUGCCUUUUUGUUUGAUGCACUCUGCGUUUCCCCAGGCAUCCAAGGUGUUCACCUGCACAGAAGUGCUUUUUUCCCAAAACAGAAAUUAUCAUGCAAUCUAAUUUUUAGUAUAUGAUGUGGCCAUUGCUGGUAAUUCCACCUUACAGUUUUUAUAUUUAGUCUUUAAUUCCUUCUGUCUUCAGAAAUCAACAAAAAAUAAAACCCGGGUGGGAGGGAGGAAUUCUUUUAAACAAUAAAACUAAAAUCAAUAUCAAAGUUUUUGGUAUCUUUGGGCAGAAUCUCUGGAAGCUUUGGGUAUCUGCUUUAUCAUUUUGUAUAUUUGACAAUUUUGUACUCUGCAUUGUUUGACUUCAUUUGUGCAUGGCGAUGUAUUAAAACAUGGAAUUUUUAUGAUACAGUAGAA